UGAAAGAGUGCAAGCUCUCACUUCCCCUUCCUGUACAGGGCAGGUUGUGCGGCCGGAGCCAGAGCAGUCCUCUCUGGAGAGCCUGAAGCAAACAUGGAUCAAGAAACUGUAGGCAAUGUUGUCCUGCUGGCCAUUGUCACCCUCAUCAGCGUGAUCCAGAACGGAUUCUUUGCCCAUAAGGUGGAGCACGAAAGCAGGACCCAGAAUGGGAGGAGCUUCCAGAGGACGGGAACACUUGCCUUUGAGCGAGUCUACACUGCCAACCAGAACUGUGUAGAUGCGUACCCCACUUUCCUCGCUGUGCUCUGGUCUGCGGGGCUACUCUGCAGCCAAGUUCCUGCUGCCUUUGCUGGACUGAUGUACUUGUUGGUGAGGCAAAAGUACUUCGUCGGUUACCUAGGAGAGAGAACGCAGAGCACCCCUGGCUACAUAUUUGGGAAACGCAUCAUACUCUUCCUGUUCCUCAUGUCCGUCGCUGGCAUAUUCAACUAUUACCUCAUCUUCUUUUUCGGAAGUGACUUCGAAAACUACAUAAAGACGGUCACCACUACCAUUUCCCCUCUACUUCUCAUUCCCUAACUCUCUGCUGAAUACGGGGUUGGUGUUCUCAUGUAAUCAAUACCUACAAGUCAUCAUAAUUCAACUCUUGAAAGGAUUCUGCUCCUCUUUAGAUGGCUGUAAAUCUAUUGGCCAUCUGGGCUUCACAGCUUGAGUUAACCUUGCUUUUCCGGGAACAAAAUGAUUUCAUGUCAGCUCCGCCCCUUGAACAUGACCGUGGCCCCAAAUUUGCUACUCCCAUGCAUUUUGUUUGUUUCCUCACUUAUCCUAUUCUCUGAAGAUGUUUUGUGACCAGGUUUAUGUUUUCUUAAAAUAAAAUGCAGAGACGUGUUUUAAGCUAA